GUGAAUACUUUCGUCUGCCGACUGAGACUGUUCGCGACUAACUACUGGCGAUCAUCGGCUACCUGUCGGCCGGCCGGCGGAGACGCAGGCUCUGCAUAUCGCCGGACUUGCUGGACUGGCUAUGAUCUAUCCAAUGAACAGUCUUCAUUUACGCUGUCUGACUCGAAUCAAAUCACAUCAUCAGAGAGUGAAGUAGAGUUUAAUUAAUCAAUUUUACCUUAAUUCAAUCUCCAUUUGUAAAUUAAUACAUUAUUGCUAAUUAGUACUCUUCAAACUUGUGAAAUUUUAACGUGCAAAUUAUAUGUUUGCAUAAAGUUAUUGUGUUACAAAUCCAAUUAUUGAUUUUUUCAAUUUGUCUUCUAUUUUUCAAGUUGCAGUCCGUCUUCCUUCUUUUCCUUUGUUUGGCUUCCAUAACAAGGAAAUUGACUGAAAUUCGAUUUAAUUGUGGUUUUUGAGUUAUAACUUAUUGAGUCAAGUAUUUAUAGCUACUUCAGUUACUUUUAGUAUUUAUAUCUUGAUUUAGUAUUUUGCCGGCAAUUUUUAAUAAAAAAAUUGUGUUUCUAACUUGCUCUCGCCUUUUCCAUUGUUCAGACCGAGCUAUCAUGUCGCGACAAUAGAGAGCCGAAAUGGCAUUUAGUCGAAUGUCAGACAGUUAUUUAGCUGAGUGACUGUUACAUAAUUUGGUGUUAAUUGAGCACGGCUUGGCCAAAAGCGCCAACUUUAUUAGCGAGAAUUCUGCUCCGGUCAUUUUUACUUUAAAAAGUCCCGUCACUUGCCGCUAAAAAGCUUUUCCACAUUUUCUUCAUUAUUCCAUUGCUCCACUUAGCCAAGUCAAUCACGUUUUGUCGAAUCGUGAGUUAAUUUAGUGCUUCGAGUACCUGUGGUUUAAUCAAAUACUAAAAACUAAAAAGCACUUUACUCACUUUGAGCCGCAUUCGAAAUAAUUUUGCCCAAUUUAUUGAACCAAAUUGCUUCCCACUAAAAUGCAUUAAUACAGUCUAAAUACUCAUCCCAUCAGAGCUUUUAAGCAAGGAAAAACAAACAAACAAUAAAAACAAAUAAAUGAGAUAAAACUAUAAACGCCGCAUUCAUUACUUCUUAUUUACUAGAAUAUUCCCGCUCUGAAAUUUUCAUUAAAUCCCUUUUUCAUUCCCACUUUAGUCAUUAAAUCGGAAAAGUUAUUUUGACUUUGGUCAUUUAUUUCACUCGAUCGCUCUUUGGCAUUUACUAUUCCAAUUAUUUUAAGCAAAAAAAUAUUCAUAAUUUAAAUUAUAUUGUUUUUUUUUGAAAAACUUUUUGAUCUGGGCGUGUGCGCAUUAUCAAAUUCUAAAAGAUAGCAAACAUUGGGAGAAGUUGACAUUUACAUUUCCAAUUGAUUGCAGCAAAAAGAUUCAUAAUUUAAUUUUGAUUGUUAUUUUUGGCGAACGAACUUUCUAAUUUGGGCGUGUUCAGAUAAUCAAGUUCUACCAAAUAGAGAAUAUUGGGAAAAAUUGAUUUCAAUCAGUUGUAUUUCCUUGACCAAUCAAAAGAGGUCAUCUACUUUCCAAUCUCAGCACCCAUCCAGAUCUCAUUGCGACAUAAUCUGAAAACUGUUCUCAGAUUUGUAGGGACAAAUUAACAUUGAACUUCCCACCGAACACACCUGGUACUAAGUAGAAUUCACCAGACCAAUAGAUAGCCGCUCUCAUAUAUUCGCAAUCAUUUCCACCUCAGAACAAUUUGAAAACAAGUGCUGAAAAAUUGCUUCAUUGUGUUUGCAGAAAAAAAGUUAACAGGAAUUAUUGAAAAACUUACUCAAAACCCAACAAUUCUUUCAUCGUCAAAAAAAGUCCUGAUACUUUAGAAAGCUUCAAAUACUCAACCUUGGCUAAAUCGCGAAAGUUAGAAUUUUGUUGAAAAUGGAUUCCAAUAAUAUCUCCGAGAUCGACACAGCCACAAACUCUACACCCGCAAAAUCCAUGAAAUUUUCGAUCAACUACCUCCUACAGAAAACUGAAUCCACAGUGCAGCAACCCGAGCCAAAUUCAGAGCAAGUCGAGUUUCCGAUUUACAAUCCGACAAGCGGAGCUCAUCAUUUAAUGUCGCAGUUCGCCGGCGCCCACGCCACCGCUGGGUUCUACCGGCAAAUCAGUCAGUUUGCGCCCCUCAAUUCGUCUCUCCAGUCUUUGUUGGCGUCACAGGAGAGGGUUAAAGAAGAGGAAAAAAGAGUGAGCCCUCGGGAAUGGGGGGAUAAAAUGGCGUACAUGUCUCCUAUGAAAUCUCCCAACAAAGGAUGCAAGAGGUCAUCUUCAGCUGACAUGUGUUUGAACGUGCAGACAUCGCAACAAUCGCCAAAAGAAGAUCUAUCUCCCAACGAUAUCUUCGGAAAAUCUCCGAGUCCAUCCGACUUGAAGCACAGCCCUCCGAGGAGCAAACACUCACCGGGACUGUCGGGAACCCACAUGCACCCGACUUCUAGGAAGCUCGGCAGGAACCCCAGAGUUCCGUUCUCGUCAGCACAAGUGGCUAUUUUGGAGCAGAAGUACCAAGUGAAGCAGUACCUGAGUUCGAUCGAUGUAGCAGAAUUGUCGACAAUGCUCUCCUUAAAUGACAGUCGAGUCAAGAUCUGGUUCCAGAACAGAAGAGCCAGAGCGAGGAAGGAACAGCAGAUGGGCAAGAGUCUGUCGGCUUCUGCAAAUCCAAAUGUCACCAUCACCAAAAACAUGUCUGCCCAGCUUCAGAACUUGCAAACUCAACCGAAUCGGCCAGCGGGUGGGAACGACGCAUCAGCUCCCGGAAGCCAAGCUAGGUGGUCCCCUUCAAUGCAAUCUAAUUUCAACCCACAAUUCUCGUCCGCAAAUGUCCACAACAAUAAUAACAACAACAACCACAACAAUCAUAAUAACCCGAUGAGACCUCAACUCAACUUACAACCCUUCUCGCCAUUUCUGAGUUUCUGCAACCCGAAUGCCAACCCAAUGACGUCACAGCUAUUGAGACCUCCUAUUGGCCAGCUGCUAGCCAGUCACAACUCGUCUCACAUUCCUCCCAAUGCGUUUGCGUCAUCUGCAAUGAAUCUUGCCGCUCAACUCAUCCAAACUUCGCGUUCUGCGCAAAACUCGAAUUUAGUUGACAGUAAUUAAAUAGAAUAGAAUUAUUACGAAUUUUAUGUUCACCAAAUGAAACAAAAUUAGGUCCACUUUUAAACACUAAAUUAUACUA